ACAGUGAUGGAGUGAGUGAUGACGAAAGUGUUUCUUCUUUUUCGGGUCACCCUGUAGAUUAUAACUGUCUUGGUAACAUCAAGCAAAAACUGGUAUUGUUUAAUACGUGGUUUUAUUUUGAUUAAUGUUAAACCAUGUCUUGCUUGAUAAUUUCACCUGCAGAUAUUGAAACAGAACGAACACACCAGAGCAUAUUCCAGGGAGUAACUGCUUUUGAUAAGGCAUCUAUGCGACAUGCGGAAACGCAGGAAAAAAUUGCCCUACCAGCCAAAGAAGAUAUCGAGACAGAGAAGACACACCAGAGCAUAUUCCAGGGAGUUACGGCAUUUGACAAGUCACAAAUGCGACAUGCCGAGACUGAAGAAAAGGUUGCCUUACCUGCCAAAGAAGAUAUUGAAACAGAAAAAGCACACCAAAGACUUUUCCAGAGAAUUACCUCCUUUGAUAAAUCCACCAUGCGGCAGGUAUCUACGGAGGAAAAGGUUGUCCUCCCUUCACCUGAAGAUAUUGAAACUGAGCGAACCCAUCAGGGUAUAUUUCAGCGCUUGGUUUCCUUCGACAAAAGCGAGAUGAAGCAUGCAGAUACACAGGAGAGAAUUGUUUUGCCCUCUAAAGCAGAUAUCGAUGCGGAAAAGGGUCAACAGGCUCUCCGUGAGGGUAUUGAGGGCUUUAACCCUUCUGCACUGAAAAAAACACAGACACAGGAGAAGUGCGUUCUCCCAACUAAGGAAGAGAUUGAGCAGGAGAAGAAAGCCUAAUAAGGAGUGCGACAGCAGUGCUGUGCAUAGCGCAUCCAAGUGAUAUCCUUCUCCCCGCUCCCUUUGAACUUCCUUGGGAGUUCUGCAAGCCAAAAUGUUUUGUACUUUGAUAAUCUAAGUAUAUAAGUAAAAACUACUGAUUUUGUAACCUGAUAUCAUAAACUAUUCUUUGAGUCAAUAUUUUUUGCUUUAAUGUUAAGAAAAAGGUGCUGAUUGAUAGCAAGGCGUUGGCAAGACAGUUUUUAGGGUAAUUCAAUAUUUAUUUGUUUUUGCACAUCAUUAGUUAAGUGUCAGUGAUGCAAGUGGACCAAAAUUUCACCUUGCUUUCGUCUUGUGUUUAGAAGGUAGAGGUCUCUCCCACACAGGUAAUGGAAAACUGCCAAAAGGUACAAGAGUUCAUAUACAGUAUUUCGAAGAUAAGCAAUUUUGACAAUUCUAUUUUUGACGAUCAUUUAGCAUUUAAUUAUUGGCAUUUACAGACUGAUAAUUCAAGCUAAUAUAUUUUUCAUUUAUUUACUUUUUUUUUUAUUUUUGCUUUUUUGGGGCAUCCAAAUAUGUGAUUUUGGGAGUCAAUAAAAUGCUUUUGUA